ACAGCGCACCGUAUCAGUCAGGAGAAAGCGCGGUCCGCACGCGAAGUUCGAUCGACGGGGAGCGAGCGCCAGCCUUUGGACCCUGAACACCUCCUAGCUCGAAAGCUCACGGGGGUGCCCGACGUUGUUUACAACACGGACUGCGGAUCCAAAAAGACCCUUCACAGACACGUAGAGGACGGAUCUAACACGUGCCGAGGUGCGUUCAGCUCCACCAAAGAUCGAUUCGCCAGCACUGCAGCGUAUCGUUCGUCUACUUUCGCUAGUGUGGUGAAGGAGCCCUACGCCGACCCACAAGCCGUGGGCCCUGGCACUUAUCGAGCUCCUCGGCGUGCGAUUAACGUGAAGAAACAGCAAGUUCCGACACCAGCCUAUGUAAGCAAGGCUGCGCGGUUUGAGGAAGCCAACGCGCAGGUCACUGCGGUGCUUGCGCUUGCCAGCCCUACGUCGCCAAGCGACCGCGAGUAUUUUGAUAUGAGCCCGCGCGGUGCCGGGGGAGGUGGCCGCUCGUCACCUGAUAAAGUUCGCGGUCCCGUGCUCUCCACUACCCCUCGCUUCAAAUCGGACGUGUUCCCAGAGCGAUAUGUGUCCUCAAAGCAGCACCGCGUGCUCGCUGAUGCCCCCGAUCGGUUCUACGACGUCAGCCCUUCAUGCAAGUUCUCAGUGAGCGCAGCCGUCGCGAGCUCAAGCUUCAAAUGCUCCGCGAUGCAGUCACGAGCGAGCCGCUUAUCAUCCGAGGCUGCAAUGGUCCACAACACGCCAAACUUCCCUAUCCUAACAAGUGCUACACAGGAAACUGUCGGCCCGGGAGCUUACAGCCCCACUUCCAGACCCACGCCACCUGAAGACGUAAACUUCAUUAUGAUGCCCCACCAUAUGGAUCGCUUCGGUCUGCCAAGCGCCAAGGUGGGCUUCAUCGAAGCUCGCUUCCGCCGCUUUGCCGUGGACCCACAGCCGUCAACGCCA